UCGUCCGGGCACUGUUUAGAGGCAGACGUGUACAAGUCCACGCUCCACUUUGCCAAUCAAAUAGCAAUCUUAAGUACCAAUUAUUAAAACUCAUUUUUACUCUGUGCUACCAAAAGUGAAAGGCGACAAAUUAAUCGUGCCAUAAUUGCUGUCUCUGUCUCGCGCCGCUUGUAGCGUCCGCUACGCGCCGGGCCGUUAUCAGUGCUACGCCGCUACGCUACUGCUACGAAGUCGCUGCAUUCCAUUCCUUGGUAUCGCUGCCUACUGCCUACUAAACCGUCUUAAUCACCUGAGGUAAACAACUUUGUUCACUAUGUCUAAACUGACUAGGACACCCCCACAGAUUAACAUCUCGAUGUCCGCUUCUAAUCCUGAUUUGCCGACUAGCGAAAACCUGCGCUGUGAUAAGAGACGUCGGCUAUCGGGGGACGAACGUGAUAGUUCAACAUCAAUGCAGUGUGAGUUGCAAAAAUUGUUUGCCUCACUCGAAUUAAAACUGCUGCACAGAAUUGAAACUAUAGAAAAGGAUGUCAGAGAAAUAAAAUGCAUGUCGACAAGUUCCCAAGAAACUAACCAAGCCAUUGAAAAGUCCAUUUCAUUCGUAACUAAUCAACUGACUGCACUGGAGGACAAAAUUGAUAAGUUGGAAGACAAUAGGAAAGUAAUCUCGAAGGAAAUCUCUUUGCUUGACAGCAAAUGUGAGAACAUGGAGAGGAUCAUGAGAAAGUCAUGCAUUGAAAUCCGCAAUGUACCUAAGAUAAAAAACGAGAAGCUCAACGACCUGUUUAAUAUGAUUCAUACACUGAGCGACAAACUGGGUCUAAAACUCGGGAAUAGCGACCUGCGAGAUGUGUACCGGAUCAACAACAAAGCUAAUAAAGAUGUCUCCUCUGUGAUAUUUGAAGUAUCAAACACCUUAUUGAAGUCGUGCUUUCUGGAAAGUGCAAAGAAAUGGAACAGAUCUGGAAGUGAUCAACUGAACAGUACUCACUUGGGGCUGACAGGUAACGUGACCCCAAUCUACAUAUCUGAGUGCUUGACAGCUAGAGCUAAACGGAUCCAUUACCUCGCCCGGGACUUUGCUAAAACUCAUAGUUACGACUUCUGCUGGACCAGCAAUGGUCUUGUCUACCUGCGCAAAAAGUCUGGCGACCCCUACAUUCUAAUUGCACAUGAAGGGAAACUCGAAGAACUAAAAUGACUACUUCUGAACAGUUUGAGUUUGUAUCUACCACUAAUUAUACUUAAGGCUACUAUGAUGUAUUCACUACCGUACUCAGAUAACUUAGUUAAGAUGUUGUCUAUAUACCUACUUGCAUGCAUAAAACUUGUUUUGUUAUA